CUGCCCGCUGUUCGAAGUACUCCAACUUUGGCAUCCUGCUGUCCAGCUUCUUUUUUUUCAAAUAAGCUUCGCCUUGACGAAGAACUUAUUAAACUCAACAUGCUAACUACAGUCUUCUUGUACCGGAUUAUUGGCAGUAUUGGUUGCAGUUGUGAUGUCCCAUUGGAAAACAAGGGGUUAUUCUUCAACACCUGAGGAUCAGAGCCCGAUACAAUAGUCCCUCCAUCCAGAAUGUCUCACUCAAGCACAAGGACAUACGUCUAUACCCUUGAAGGAAGGGGACAAUAGUACUGCCUAGAUAGUAUUGAAGAUUCCUAAAAUCUCUCACCACAAGUGCCCCAAAGCCUUGUUUUUCAAGCAGUUCAUUUUUUAGUAUCAUAUCCAGUGAUAACAGUUAUCAUCUACAUCGAUUACCAAUAUGGCAAGAUGUUUCUGUGCCUGUAGAACACAGUAGAAUCUAUUCCUCUGUCCCAAAAUAACUGUCUCAACUUUGUACUAGCUCUAGUACAAAGUUGUACUAAGCUUAAGACACUUAUUUUGGGACGGAGCGAGUACAUUGCAAUGAGAGUCUAAGUUUACCUGAUGUGUGAUACAGAUGUACCAAACACUUGUUAUGUCAUAUCCAUACACACAAAGGUCUCAACAGGACUCUAAAAAAUGCAGAUGGCUCUUCUGAUGAGAUGCAUACCAAAAUAAAUGCACUUCACGGGUCCAACUUGCCCACAGAUUGUCUGUGACACAACCAAACACCUUAGGAGGUUGAAGGAACAUUUAUGGAUGGAACAAAACUAAUUACUGUACAUGACCCUAUUUCUUCUGAUGAUGGAAACUUGGAGCUAGCUCUGCAUGGUUCUUAUCUCCCAGUACCUUCACUUGAAAAGUUUUCUGGGAGUGAUGUUGAGGACUAUCCUGGGGAAGUACAUUUCUGCUCUGGACGCAUAAUCCUCAACCUUCAUCGCAGGGCUUUAACUCUGAAGGUUGUCAACAAGGCAGACAGGCCUAUACAGAUCGGGAGCCAUUACCACUUUAUAGAAGCUAAUCCAUACCUGGUUUUUGAUAGACUAAGAGCCUAUGGCAUGAGACUGAAUAUACCUGCUGGAACAGCUGUUCGGUUUGAGCCAGGGGAUGCAAAAAGGGUUACACUUGUAAGCAUUGGUGGUCGUAAAGUAAUCAGAGGUGGAAAUGGCAUUGCCGAUGGUGCUGUUGACAGUUCUCAGCUUAAUGAAGUAAUACAAAAGAUUACUGAGAAUUGUUUUGGACAUGAAGAUUAUCCGGACGCAAGCGAAGGUCUUAUUGGUGAUGGUAUAUUCGACUGCAGUGUUGAUCAUGAGAAAUAUUCUAGCAUGUAUGGACCUACAACUGGUGAUAAGAUUAGGCUUGGUGAUACCGAUCUUUUUGCGGAGAUUGAAAAGGAUUUUGCUGUUUAUGGUGAUGAGUGCAUAUUUGGAGGGGGGAAAGUUCUGCGUGAUGGAAUGGGACAAUCCGCAGGGUAUCCAGCAUCUGCCUCCCUGGAUACAGUUAUAACAAAUGCUGUUGUGAUUGACUAUACAGGAAUAUACAAGGCUGAUAUUGGUAUAAAAGAUGGACUUAUUAUUGCCAUUGGGAAAGCUGGAAACCCUGAUGUCAUGGAUGGUGUGCACAGCAACAUGAUUGUUGGGGUGAAUACAGAAGUUAUUGCUGCUCAAGGCAUGAUUGUAACUGCUGGGGGUAUAGAUUGCCAUGUUCACUUCAUAUGCCCUCAGCUGAUAAAUGAGGCAAUUGCAAGUGGCAUAACAACAUUGGUGGGAGGUGGAACAGGACCAGCACAUGGAACCUGUGCCACAACUUGCACCCCUGCACCGUCUCAAAUGAAACUAAUGUUGCAGUCCACUGACGAAUUUCCAAUCAACGUGGGAUUUACAGGAAAGGGAAAUACUGCAAAACCUGAAGGAUUAUCUGAGAUCAUUAAGGCAGGAGCAAUGGGUUUGAAGCUGCAUGAAGAUUGGGGAAGCACCCCGGCUGCGAUAGAUAACUGCUUAUCUGUUGCAGAAGCUUUUGAUAUCCAAGUUAAUAUCCACACGGAUACCUUAAAUGAAGCAGGUUGUGUGGAGCAUACAAUUGCAGCUUUUAAAGAUAGGUCCAUACACACAUAUCACAGCGAAGGUGCAGGUGGUGGUCAUGCCCCAGACAUCAUUAAAGUAUGUGGGGUGAAAAAUGUGUUGCCUUCUUCAACAAACCCAACCCGGCCUUUUACUUCUAACACUGUUGAUGAGCACCUUGAUAUGCUGAUGGUUUGCCACCACCUUGAUAAAAACAUCCCAGAAGAUGUAGCAUUUGCUGAGUCAAGAAUUCGAGCAGAAACAAUUGCGGCUGAGGACAUCUUGCAUGACAUGGGGGCAAUCAGUAUCAUAUCAUCUGAUUCACAAGCUAUGGGUCGCAUUGGAGAGGUGAUUAUCCGAACAUGGCAAACUGCAAACAAGAUGAAAGUCCAAAGAGGUUGGUUACCUGGGCCUGGUGAGUCUGAUCCUGCCAAGUAUAAUGACAACUUCCGUAUAAGAAGAUACAUCGCAAAAUAUACCAUAAAUCCUGCUAUAGUAAGCGGCUUCUCAGAUUUUGUUGGUUCUGUGGAGGCAGGAAAGUUAGCUGAUCUAGUUCUUUGGAAACCUGCUUUCUUUGGUGCAAAACCAGAAUUGAUUAUAAAAGGUGGUGCAAUUGCGUGGGCCAAUAUGGGUGAUCCGAAUGCUAGCAUUCCAACACCUGAACCUGUUAUGAUGCGACCUAUGUUUGGUGCAUAUGGAAAGGCCGGGAGUUCUCACUCGAUUGCAUUUGUGAGCAAGGCCGCCAAAGAAGCUGGUGUUGCAUCAGAGUACAAACUAGCAAAGAGGGUGGAAGCUGUUGGCGGUGUCCGCAGUUUAACGAAGCUGGACAUGAAGCUCAACGACGCGCUUCCGAAAAUCGAGGUCGACCCCGAGACAUACACGGUUACUGCUGAUGGAGAGGUCCUGACUUGCCAGCCAGCAGCCACGGUGCCAUUAUCUCGGAACUACUUUCUUUUCUAGGCCGCCAUUGGUCGAGAAAUUGUUGAAGGUCAAUAAUUCAUGCAACUAGCUUCGAUGGUAGUAACUUGGAGCUGCGCACGGGAGAUGUGAUGUUGGCUCAAAAUAAGCAACUCUACAUUUACAUGAAAAAAUUCACACGUGUACAUAUUGCAAUACUUCGGUUUCUUGCAAUUUUUUGGUGCAAAAACUUGCGUCAUGUGCAAAAGUAACAAAUUAAGUAUACAAAAGGUUUUUACAGUCA